UCGGAUUCGAUUGGUGUGCGUGGUGCCCGUGGUGGUCGCGCUAGGUGCACAUUGAGUCGUCUACUCUUUGAGAACGUGUGUUUGGUGAUAAACCAACUCGCUGAAUCUUCUGCGGGGUGAAUACAUAUAGGGCAUACGCCGCGUAGACCAUGCAGUGAACAGAAUCCCACUGUACCAGACACGCCAUGUUCAGCCUGCGCCGCUGCCCUGGUCGGCUGCGUAGGCAGCUGACUGCGCUGCACCGCCAGAUGGCCUCUGAUACUGAGAAGGAGAGCCCUGCCCAGCUUGAACGCAGGAUUAUGGACGAGGAUGAACAGAGGCAGAGUAUAGAUUACUACAGCAUUUUCGAACUGCUGCGUCCGGCGAAGUCGUCAACACUGGAAUACUUCCGCGAGCUAAAUGCUCAUGCACUGAGCCGGAAGGCCUUCCACAACUUCAUGGAGAACAAAAUCUGGGAGAACCGUGUCCUGGACCAGAGAUUUCUGGAGGAUCGUCACCAGAUUCUGGGCUUUGACCUGGCCGCCGCCCACUUCGUCGUGGCCCGCGGCGGCUGCGUCCGGUUCAAGGGUGACGAGAAAUGGGUGAAGAGACUGGAGGAUGAGUCGAUACCGUUACCAGGCCAGUACACAUACGGCAUGUUCGUGGAGGAGCUGGACGCCAGUGGCACGGAGAUUCUCUACGAGGGUCUGGAGAACUUCAUAAGGCUGUCCAAGCUGCGGGCGCUGUACCUGCGCGACUGCCCGUACGUGGACGACUGGUGCGUGGACCGGGUGUGCGGCGAGUUCCGACAGCAGCUGCAGCACCUCGACCUCAGCGGCUGCCGGCGCGUCUCGGAGCGGGGCCUCGAGGGCGUCGCGCAGCUUAAGAAUCUGAAGUCGCUGACGCUGGAGCGGAUGGAUCACAUCCGGUUGCUGCCCUACAUGGGCUUACUGCUGGAGGACGCCAUCCCAGGCCUGGUGAUACACGGAGUAGACGUCAUGCAGACGCCACCUGACGACUUCCAAUCAUUGUCGUCACGCUCCGAUGACCAAUCACAGCCGCCAAGCUUGACAGCAUCCUAGCUGAUCAGCCAAUGGACACUCGCCCAGCAAACUCCCGCCGGUGCUGGCGGCCAACCGUGCUUGCUUCUACGAUGUUGUAACCUGUAGGGCUGUCGGUCCGUCAACGUACACCAGCAGGCUCGGGUUGCGUCAGGCCGAUCACUCGUGGGCGACGUUGGCAGUUGCAUAACGUUGCAUAACUCGGUCACCGGUUGGGGUCCGGUGGAGAUGGCCUGUUGCGUUCCGGCCUGCCUGUUUCGCAAUAGCAGCGGACGGUGACCGAUAUAAUGCGUCUGGGUCGGUGUGUCCUGGUGUGAAACCUAGAAACGAGGUACAAUGCUGGGUAUGACUCGGAGUCAUGUGUGCUGUGUCCUACCGCAUUGGUCAAAAGUGACGUCGAGAGUUUUUACUGUACCGGAUCAACACGUUGAUAUGUGCGUGCUUUACUGGCAGUUGUCAGCACGGAAAUGCCAUUGUAGCAUUGUUUGGAGGUUGUG